AUGGCGGCGGGAGUCUGGAACAGCGGAACGCCUUUACUGGCUGGUUAUAAUAGCAGCAUUGGCAGUCCAGUCGAAGCGCUGAUACAGCAGUUUGUGCAAGGCUUUGGCGCGCCGCCGCAAAUCUCACUGCUCACUGGAUUGUGUGCUGUUGUUGGAGUGUGCGCCGUGGUGCAGAGUCUCUUGCCGCGCUCUGUUGCUACUGCUGAGCUACCUACGGUGGAUCUCGAUUAUGUGCUGCAAAAACCGACCUUUUUAAAUACACAGUACGAUGUAUAUGUCUUUUCCGACAUCCGCUACGCCGCACCACCCACUGGUGCCAACAGAUUCAGAGCUCCUCAAACUCCACUUACAGACCGGUCUUCUGUUCAGUCCGGUGGCGAAGGGCGAGCUUGUGCUCAAGCAUCGCCCAAGUGGCAAACUGUGUCAGCUCAAUUCGUUCCCAGAUAUGUUACUGGCCAGACUCAAUUCAGUCCAUCCGACUACCAGAGCGGAACCGUGAGUCCUACUCCUUCAAGUCGAGAAACAGAAGACUGCUUGUUCCUGGAUGUCUACGCUCCACGAUCAGUCUUUGAAAAUGCAGGUAAAGGUGCAGGUGCGCCUGUGAUAGUGCAGAUCUACGGCGGUGGUUUUGUCUCUGGUGUCAAGGAUCUAAAUCCUGCUGGAUUCCUAGAGAGAGAUCGAGAGACUGGUGGUGAUGGUAUCGUUGUUGUCAGUCUGAACUACAGGCUGGGUGCGCUUGGAUGGCUUGCUGGGUCGGCAUUACAAAGUGACGGCGAUGCCAAUGCAGGACUACUCGAUCAGCAGUUUGCGCUGCAGUGGGUACAGAAGUAUAUUGGGAGGUUCGGGGGAAAUGCUAAUAAUGUCACCGUCAUUGGCGAGUCUGCUGGAGGCGCAAGCAUACUGCACCACAUCACAUCCUAUGGAGGCAGCAGGGAUCCACCUAGCUUCCAAAGGGCAAUCGUGCAGUCGCCGGCUUUCUUCCCCGUGGAUGAUCCCACGCAGACGGCCACCACAGCCAGUAGGUUCUUACAAUACCUAGGCGUUUCCAACCUCGACGAAGCUCGAGCAGCCUCAUUUGAAGCCGUUUAUGCAGCUAGCGCUCAACAAAUCGGCGACUCACAAUACGGCUCCUUCACAUACGGCCCCGUGGUGGACGGUACUUUUGUUCCCUCGCUCCCCGGCCAACUCCUCUCCACAGGAAAAUACCACAAAGACAACCUCCAAAUCAUAGUCGGCCACAACGCCAACGAAGGCAUCGCCUUCACCUCUCCCUUCGUCAACUCCGACACGACAUUUGCCCAAUUCAUCGGAUCCAACAUGUCUCCCAGCAAAGCCACCCUUUCCAAUUUACAAUACAUCUCCAACACCCUCUACCCUCCCAUUUUCGACGGCAGCUACGGUUACACCGACCAAAUCGGCCGCGCCUCCAAAGCCACUGCCGAAAUGAUUUUCACAUGCAAUACAUUCUACUUAAACACCGCUUUUUCCAACAACACCUCUUCUUACUCCUACCUCUUCGCCGUCCCUCCGGCUUUUCACGGAAGUGAUGUUCCGUUUACAUAUUGGCCUGGCCCAUCUUCUUCCAUCAUGGGAGAUUUCCGAACGCAAAUUGCUGUUGCUAUGCAAACGUAUUUUUUGAAUUUUGUCCACUCUGGGCGGCCGGAUCGUGGUGCCGGUGCCGGUGCUGGUGCUGGUGCUGCGGGGUCGGAAGUUUGGGAGAGAUUUGGGGUUGGGGAGGAAAUGUUGGUGUUUAGUGUUCAGGCGGGAAUUGUGUUGAGGCCGGAUGAUACGGUCAAUGAGAGAUGUCGAUGGUGGCAGAUGAAUUUAUGAGAUUGUUUUUUUUUUGUCUUUUGUUUUUUUGUGUUUUCUUCCGCGGAAUUGGUGGGGUUUGGGAGUUUGAAAUUAUUGCGGGAGAGGUUGUUUUUGGUUGGUGAAGUAAGGUGAUUUUACUUGAUAUGUACUUAUACAGAUGAUUGUUGCAGUGGAGUUGAGUUGAG